CAGAUUUCAAAAAAAGCGCGGCAAUAAAUUCAAAUUCAAGAAUUAUUGUAUUAAUCAUGUGUAACUAAGCAACUAAACAGUUUGUAUAAUAAGUGAAUUUUUCUACUCGUUUACUAUCAUCUAAAGUCUGAUUUUUGAUAUCAGAUGUGAAGUACUUUAUAUAAAUAUAAUUUUCUAAAUAUUUCUCAAAAGUUCCUACAGCAUUAAAUUAUAUUGCCCCUUUUAUGAAAAUGAUAUCAGUAAAAUCAGAAGAAGAUGAAGUAAUUACAAAUCUUAUUCCUGGAUCUCCUGUAGAGUAUGCAAAACGACAGAGAUAUAUUUCUAAAUAUAAGGAAUGCGUAAAAGCAGAAAUUAAGAAAGACAAAUAUGCACAUCGUACAUUUGGUCCACCACAAGUACCAUUACAAUUACCAUCUCAAUAUUUGAAAAAAAGAAGCCGGAAAGAAUAUCGUAAAACAGGUAUAGAACAUGUACAUAUUCGUAAUCCACAAUAUCAACAAAAGUUACCAUCAUGGGUUCCAAUAAAAGUGAAAGUUAAAGAAACAUGUGGAGAGUUGCCUAUAGAUCCUGUAAAAUUAGGGCGUAUCAAUUUUAAGAAACAAAAUAUUAUUGAUGUAAAGGAAUCUCGUCCCCGUAAAUUUAAAGAAAGAUAUGUAGAUACACGGUAUGGAGACACUCAUGAUCUAAAAUCUAGUGGAUUAUACCCUGUUUAUAUACAUAGAAAGGGCUUUGGAAAAGUUCCAAAAAUUAUGAAGAAGAUAAAAUAUGAGAUAAUGAAAAAGGAAUUAAAAGAGGACAAAUCAAAAAAUGAUAAACAUAUUGACGAACACAAAUACCACUGCAUCUCUGAAGAAGAAAGAAAAGAACUUUUAGAUGGAAUGAAAAAAAGAUGGGAUGACAUGAUGAAAGAAUUUCAGUGUUUACCAUUUAUAAUUGAUACUCCACCAAAGGUACAGAGAAAGGCGAAACUGGAAUAUGAAUUACAGCAACUUGAGAAAGAUAUAGCAACUCUUGAAAGACAUCCUUACAUAUGUAUUAGUAACGAUAAUGAAAAUGAAUGAAAAAAGAGUACAUUCGUAAGUAUUCAUAAAUAAGCGCAUAAAAGACUACAUCAUUGAUCAUAUUUUUAACUACAUGAAAAAUAUUUAUUACAUACAUUGUAUUUAAAUUUAUUAAUAAGUGAAGUAAUAAAGAUAAUAAUCAGAAGAGCAUAAA